GCAAACAAUACUGGGCUCUUCUAGAAAAAUGUUUAACAUUGAAACUGAAAACUACUUCGUUGACAACUCUUCAGUUAGCGACUUCGUGAUGUAUCCUUGUCUCGACUUAAACGCAGAAGCAGCUCCCCUAACUGUAACCAAGUCCUUGGAAAAGUCCAAGAGAUCUCGCACUGCCUUUACCAGUCAUCAGCUUAUCGAACUGGAAAGGGAGUUCCAUCUCAAUAAAUAUUUGGCAAGGACUCGCAGGAUAGAGAUCUCCCAACGGUUAGACCUCACUGAGAGACAGAUCAAGAUCUGGUUCCAGAAUCGCCGCAUGAAGCUAAAGAAAUCGACCAAUAAGAAAGGGUCCAAAGGAGCUCUGACCGCGACUAUCUCAGCGGCUUCCCAUUCAAGCGAGGAUCUCUUGGAGGACGAACAGAUCGUGGAGCGCCUCCUUCAGUAUGCCAACACAAACGUGGAACCCGCUCCAGUGCAGCAGGAGGCUCCAUUUUUCUUACAAGAUGGUCACAUCACACCACCCUAUCAAUCCUAUGAUUACCUCCAGGAGUUCUGUCCUGCCCCAAUGGAUAUUCCCCAACAGUCCUUCAGCGAGUUCGAUUCUAAUUGGGGAAGUACUUGGUUGGGUCUGGAACCAUCUAUUCCCAACCAAGGAAAUUUCAUAGAACCAAAUAAAUCUAGCUACCUCCAGGAGCAGCCAAUGAUGCAGAAUUUCUGCUGGGACUCGAAUAGUUCUGCUUCGGGUUCUACGGUUCAGGGGAUAUUUUGGAUGUCGAUUAUGACUUUAUUCAGAAUUUAUUAGACUUUUAAGAAUAUUUCGGGUUUAAUUUAAUGUAAUUAAGACU